UCGCACAAAUUAAUGGAGUGUGUAAAAAUAUUACUCGAAACGAAUUGGCUUAAUUUAAAUUUCCGUGAUGCUGUUAAUAACGCUUAAGUGAAAUGACCUUCCGUCGCGUUCCAAAUGGGUUGCGGUUACUUACUUCUGUACGAGAAUGACACUCCGUUAAAUAAACAAUUCGUGUUUAAUGCAGCAGUAACACAUUUGAACCUGUUAAAACAAUUCUUUCAUAUAUUUAUCUAAAAUCGUAUUUUAAACUGGGAAAAAACGUUUGGUGGGCGUUCAUUUGUUUAUAAAGGUUAUAUAUGUGAUUAUGCUUUUUAAAGACAGCAGGCGGCAUUUAGUAAAAGUAUUUCAUUUCGUGCAUAAUACUUAGAAGUAAACGCACAAUAUAUAUUAAUAAUGGUUGUAAUGGUUAAUAUUUGAAAUUAUAUGUUUGAACAUGAUGUGAAACUUGUAUUUUGUCUAUCUUUUAAAAUGUCCAAAAAGAAAAAAAGCGAAGCUUGGGGGGAAAAUGGAUUUGAAGAUUGGGGUGGGUAUAUGGCUGCUAAACAAGCAAAGUUGGAAGAACAGUUUCAAAUUGAAGCAAAUAAAGAGUUUAAUAAUGCAUCAAAUAUAUUUCAAGGAAUUGCGAUUUUUGUUAAUGGGUACACAGAUCCAACUGCAGAUGAACUUCGCCGUUUAAUGAUGACACACGGGGGUAUAUACCAUCAUUACAUGAGACCUAGAGUUACAACUCAUAUUAUUGCAUCUAAUUUGCCAUACUCUAAGAUAUUAUUAUAUAGGAAAAGUCAAAAUCCAAUUCCUAUAUGUAAACCUCAAUGGAUUGUAGAUAGCAUAAAGGCUGGUAGAGUUUUAAAUUUUCAACAUUAUUUACUUUAUUCAAGUAGUACAAACACACAGCCACAACUGAAAUACAAAAUACAAAAUAAAACAAACGUGAUAGAUAAUCACCUUAAAAUGCAUGAUAAGAAGCAAAGGGAUAAUGACUUGAACAUGUUAGUUAAUGACAAUGAUAAUCAGAAUACUGUGACAGAGAGUACAACUACAAAUGAAAAUGUUUCACAUCCUAUAGCUUCUCUUAAUUCAAGAGAUGCUCAGUCAACAAAAAAUUCUGAAUUCAUAUCAGAGUUUUAUAGUCAUUCACGCUUGCAUCACAUCUCAACUAUGGGAGCAGCCUUUAAAGAUUACGUGAAUGAAUUAAGAGAUCAGACUAGUGGAAAAUUUCCUGGAUUAACUAAGUUAAAAGAUUUGCGAGAUAUGAAGUUGGGUAGAUCACUGUCUGAUCCUGAAUCCAGUUUUAAAAAUUAUAUAUUUAAUUUGCAAGAAGAGAAUAAAACGGAAAUAAGUCAAGAAUCAAUUAUAAUGCAUAUAGAUAUGGAUUGUUUCUUUGUCUCCGUUGGUCUUAGGAACAAACCAGAAUUAAGAGGAUUGCCUGUUGCUGUAACACAUGCAAAGGGUAAUAAACAACUUGCAAGUAACAGUAAAGAAGUUUCAGAAGAUGAGCUAGGGUCAUUGUCAGAAGUAGCAUCUUGCUCUUAUGAAGCACGAAAAGCUGGAGUCAAGAAUGGCAUGUUCUUAGGAGAGGCAUUGAAAUUGUGUCCUAGUCUGAAGACAAUACCGUAUGAUUUUGAAGGGUAUAAGGAAGUUUCAUACACAUUGUACAAUACUGUGGCAUCAUAUACAUUAGACAUUGAAGCAGUUAGUUGUGAUGAAAUGUAUGCGGAAUGUACAAAAAUUCUUGAAGAGUAUUGUUUAACACCAAUGGAAUUCGCAAGUGUAAUCAGAGAAGAAAUAAAGCAAAAGACAGGCUGCCCUGUGUCAACAGGAUUUGGAGGUAAUAAGUUGUUGGCAAGGUUAGCCACAAGAAAAGCUAAGCCUGAUGGUCAGUUUUACUUAAAGGAGAACCUUGAAACAUAUAUUGGUACCUUCAAUGUACAAGACUUGCCAGGAGUCGGGUGGACAACAACGAACAGAUUAAAUACUAUGAAUAUACGCACGUGUGCGGAAUUACAAACGAUUUCGUUGGCGACAUUACAAAAGGAAUUCGGUAAGAAAAUGGGGGAAGUACUACAUAAUAUGUGUCGCGGUGUAGAUUAUUCAAAACUUAAUUUGGAACAUAUACGAAAAUCUGUCUCCGCUGAAGUUAAUUACGGGAUAAGGUUCGAAAGUAACGCUGAUGCAGUAGACUUUUUAAAAAGAUUAUCCGUUGAGGUAUCGAGUCGAUUAAGAAAAGCUAACGCGAGGGGUAGAUGUAUUACGUUAAAACUCUUGGUCAGGGCUAAAGAAGCACCAAAAGAAACGGCAAAAUUUAUGGGUCAUGGGCUAUGCGACUACAUGACCAAAUCAAAGAAUGUCAUCUCACCGAUCGACGAUUCCGAUAUUAUAGCAAAGGAAGUGAUCGUUCUUUGGAAUCAAAUGCUGAAAGUGCCUGAAGAUGCUAGAGGUAUCGGCAUACAGAUAACUAGAUUAGAGAUACGAAAGGGUAAAUCGCGCGAUAUGAGUUUAACAAGUUUCGUUAAUAAAAUUAAAGAAAGCAAUACAGUCACGCGGUCUGCAGAAAUAAACACAGUUAACGAAGUUCAGUCGUCGAAAGACGCAAAUUCUGACGUAGCAAUUUCUACAAAUACGAAAGUAGAUAUACCUUCUAAUAUCGAUGAAUCAAUUCUUUCUGAGCUUCCGGAAGAAAUUCGGAAUGAAAUUUUGGAUAUUCAAAGAAACAAACAUACGAUUACCGCGACAAACAGUAAGGAAGAAACUACUCUUGCUACUACCAGUGCGCCAAAAAUUAAAGAGAAAAAGUCAGAAAACCGCGUACAAACGCAGCAAGAAAACUUUUUUAAGCAAACGAAGCCAGGUGUUUCCAGAUCAGCGAAAGUAGAAAUGCCACCCAUACAUGAUAUCGAUAUGUCCGUUUUAAUAGAAUUGCCCGAAGAUAUACGGAACGAAAUACUCAAUGAAUACCGUGUUAACAGAAAUCAGAACAGGUCUAACAGCGAUGGAAAUGAAAACGAUAGUGGUACAUCUUUGGCAAGGAAUACAAAUACCAUCGAGUUUAAUCCCGAGGAGCAAAAUAUAUCUUUCUCGCAAGUCGAUCCUGAGUUUUUAGCCGCAUUGUCAGAAGAUUUAAAGCGUGACGUUCAGAUGUACUGUACAGCUAAUAAAAAGAAGACAGGAACAAAUGAUAAUAUCAUGAAAGAAAGCAAAAAGAUUGAGCGUAAAACGAAGAAUAACGGUAAAAGUUCUAAAGUAGCAUCUUCAAAAAAUAACAAAAAGAACCGUAUACAUACGGCGUUUCGAAAUCUGCAGAAUAAAAAUGAGAGUGUGCCGGAUCAAAAGUACAAUAAUGGUAUUUCGAAAUCCGUAGUACCGCAUGUGGAAAGAAUCGAAUUAGUUAAUAAUCAAGUUACUCCUGACGAAGCUAAGGCAAUUCUUUCUCAUAAUCGUACCAUAUCGGAAAACAAUGAAGAUGGAAUUCAACAUCAAGACAUUUUAAUUGAUCUUGUAAAUCGCUUACUUAAUCUACCUCUAGAACAGGUGAAGAUGCAAAUACAAAUAUGGAUCACUAAUUCUAAUAUCGUGAACGAAGUAGAUUUUUUAUCACUCGCAACAUUUCUCAGCAUGCUUCCGGAGAAGAAACGCAUCGAAGAUUUACAUAUUUUAUUGAAAACCAUGCACAGAUGUAUGACAAAAACUGGAAAUUGCAUUUGGCAUAGGACAUACAGGAAAACAGUAAAAUACGUUCAACAUUAUAUGCAGAUCGAGUAUAACAGCAAUCUAAUGGUACCACCAAUCAAAUGCAAUCAUUUGCCGUGUAACAAUGAUAUAAUGUAAAUUUUUCGG